GCAAAAAGGUCUCCCGUGGGUUUGCUCCACCGGGGGGCAGAGCGGGGCAGGGGGAGGGAGGGAAGGAUAUCAACCAGCGAUCCCGAUCCCCCUCCGGCUCCACACGACCCCGUGAAGUUUCACCCCUUCCCUCAGCCCUCACCCCCCCCAACAACACCGGGGGGCGGAGCGGCUCCGCCUCUUACCGGGGGGGUCCGCGGGGGUCCGGGCCGGGCGGUGCCGCCCCGCUUCGUUCACACGGAGCUGUCAGCGCCGCGGAGCUGCAGCGCCCGCCGCCCCCAGCGACCCCCGGGCGGAGCGCAGGGCAUCCCGGAGCGGAGAGCGGCCGGCGCUGAGCACAGGCUGCCCGGUAAGAAGGGACUCAGGGCACCCCCGGCACCGGGUAUCCCCUCGGUCUCACGGCGCACCGGCAGCACAACUCGCGCGGCUCCCCGCUAACUCAGCUCCUUUUCUCCCUGCUCUAGGGUAGCCGCUUCCCCGAGCAUCCCAUCUCCCCGCUGCUUCCAAUACCCGCGUUUCCUCGCUUCCCCGAGCAUCCCAUCUCCCCUCUGCCCCUGGUACCCACAGCUCCGGUUCCCUGAGCAUCCCAUCCCUCCGGUCCCCUCGAUACCUGCAUCUCCCCAGUUCCCUGAACAUCCCAUUUCGCCGCUAACCCUGCUACUCGUAGCUCCUCGUUCCCUGGGCAUCCCACCUCCCUGUUACUCACAUCUCCCAGUUCCCUGAGCAUCCCGUCUCUCUGCUACUCUCAAUACUCGCAUCUCUCAGUUCCCUGAGCAUCCUAUCUCCCCACUACCUCUGGUAUCUGCAUCUCCUGCUUCCCUCAGCAUCCCACCUCCCCGUUACCCACAGCUCCCAGUUCCCCGAGCAUCCCAUCUCUCCCCUACCCUCAAUACCCACAUCACUCCAGUGCUCUGAACAUCCUCUCUCCCCCUAUCUCCAGUUCCUCAGGCAUCUUAGUCGCUCCCCCCACCCAAACACCCCAACACCUUCAUUUCCUCCAUUCUCUGAGCAUCCCAUCUCCCCGCGGUACCCACAUUUCCCAGCACCCCACACCCCGCAGCCAUGGCGUUCAUGGUGAAGAGCAUGGUUGGGGGGCAGCUGAAGAACCUGACGGGUGGCCUGGGAGGCGAGGAGAAGAGCGAGGGUGAGAAGUCCCCAGCAGAGGCUCAAGGCAUGACCCGUGAGGAGUAUGAGGAGUAUCAGCGGCAGCUGGUGGAGGAGAAGAUGGAGCGAGACGCCCAGUUUGCCCAGCGCAAGGCAGAGAGGGCCACGGUCAGGUCCCACUUCCGAGACAAGUAUCGGCUCCCCAAGAACGAAACCGACGACAACCAGAUCCAGCUGGUGGGAGGCGACGUGGAGCUGCCCAAGGAGCUGGCCAAGAUGAUCGAGCAGGACAACGAGGAGGAAGAAGAGAAGAACUCCGUCAUCGGUCAGCUCAGCAACAUCCAGAACCUGGACCUUGACUCCUUGAAGGACAAAGCCUCGGCCACGCUAGAGGACCUGAAGCAAUCAGCCGAGAAAUGCGCAGUGAUGUGACCCAACCGACGCGACACCCUCAGCCUUGCAGCGAUGGGGACCCACUGAUGUCCGUGUGAGCCGGGUCCUCCUUCUGAGCCGUGUUAAGCCCUGACCCAGAUGUCCCCGCUCCGUCCGUGCCGGUAUCCCCGUGCGUGGUUUUGUUGUUGGGUUGCGGUCCGGUCUGAGGUUAAGAGCAAAGGGAUGGCUUGGCGUCCCUAUCUCCCGGGGUGGGAUCGGCUCCGUGUGGGAGAAGGGGCAGAAGGUGACCCCAUAAGGGAAAACGCUUCCUUCUCUGUCGUGAUGUGGUCGUGUGCUGUGCUCAGUCGAGUGUUACACCUCCUAUGCUGUCCCCGUGCCACGGCACCGUUAUCGCCGCUGGAAUAAAUACCAGGAGAUGUCUAUGCAUUCCUUUCUCUCACAGUGCUCCCUCCGACAUUAUAGGUGACGGCGUUUUUCAGUGCUGGCUGGUGGAAGCACCACAUUUAGAGCACCUUUGCUGACACCCAUGCGGGCUUUGUGCUCAGCGUGCCCAGGAAAAAAAAAUAAAUAAAUCAGCAUUCCUCCCCAACUGCAGAGAAUUGGACUAAAUGACCUUUAAGGUUCCUUCCCAACUUCAAUGAUUCCAUGGAUUGGAUGGGAAGCCCUUCUUUGGGAAGACACGAGGAGCCACUGUGCCAAUGGUGUGAUGGCCGGUGCGCUUCCCCCACGCACAGAGCCCCAAAUGAGUAAUGGUUAAAAGUGGAGAAACAAAUGAGCCACCACCCAGGGAUGGGGGAAUCUCACUGCACGCUUUGGGUUGUUUUCCCUUUUUUUUGUUGUUGUUGUUAUUUGCAGUUAAUUAAACCUCCUCGCAGGACGCUGCUGGAAGGACAAUCGGAUUAAGGGGAUCAUGCAGCAGCACCCCACGUCUCUCUUUCCCUGCGUCUAAGAGGCUUUAGGGGGAGCAUCUUAAAACCUGGGGGGGAGCAAAAAAAUCACACUGACCCACCUCCCCCAAUCCCUUUCAACCCACAGCACUAGGGGGGGAGCACAGCAUCACCUCCGUGGCUGCAAGCCUCAAUGUCAAGGAGAGCUGGUACAAUCUGACCCUAAACCAUCCCGACACCAACCCUGGGGACACAGCUCCAGAUUGGGGCGCAUCUCAGGCAGAGCGUGAAGGCAUAUGUGAUCGUGCUCACUGGCUGCAAGGGCGGGAGGCUUGAAAGCUCUUUAAAGCCUCGGGAUAUAAUCU